UGUCAAAUUUAUUGGAAAAUAUUUAAAAAAAAAUUGGAUUGUACUGUGGAAUCUGUGCGUUUUAAACUAACAAAUAAUUCUGAAAGAUUGUAAAAAUGAAAGAUUGUAAAAUUCUUGAUGAUAUUAAGGGAAAAGCUUUGAAGACAAUCUACUUUCAUAAAAGCGGCACAAAAAGGAUUAUAUUCUGCGAUGGAAUUACUACAUUAGGUUCUCAUCAAAUAAGGGCAUAUGGAAUGGAAUUUAAAAUUUUCCGUUUGGGGAUCAGAGGAUUUAUUCUUGCCUUCUAA